UCCCAGUGCUGCCUGGAAGUGUGGGGUGAGAGCUCCUCCUAGAACACCCCUUCCCCUUGGGGAAAGAAUUGUGCCCCUGGGCCCUACCCAGCAGAGGACCCACUCCUCCUUCCCUGUCAUCUCCCCUCCUGGGGCAGGGAGUGGCUCCACUUGCAUCCCCACCUGCCAGUUGGCCCACAGUGAUCAAGCUGAGAUGACCGUCAAGCUGGAUUUCGAGGAGUGUCUCAAGGACUCACCACGUUUCCGAGCCUCUAUCGAGCUGGUGGAAGCUGAAGUGUCAGAAUUGGAGACCCGUCUGGAAAAGCUCCUCAAGCUGGGCACCGGCCUCUUGGAAAGUGGGCGCCAUUACCUUGCUGCCAGCCGCGCCUUCAUUGGUGGCAUUUGUGACCUGGCCCGCCUGGGUCCUCCAGAGCCCAUGAUGGCGGAGUGUCUGGACAAAUUCACCGUGAGCCUCAGCCACAAGCUGGACAGCCACGCAGAGCUUCUAGACGCCAUCCAACACACUCUGCAGCAGCAAAUCCAGACCCUGGUCAAGGAAGGUCUCCGAGGUUUCCGAGAGGCUCGCCGGGAUUUCUGGCGGGGGGCUGAGAGCCUGGAGGCUGCUCUUACCCACAACGCAGAGGUCCCCAGGCGCCGAGCCCAGGAGGCAGAAGAGGCAGGAGCUGCUUUGAGGACUGCUCGAGCUGCGUACCGGGGACGGGCACUGGAUUAUGCCCUGCAGAUCAAUGUGAUUGAGGACAAGAGGAAGUUUGACAUCAUGGAGUUUGUGCUGCGUUUGGUGGAAGCCCAGGCUACCCAUUUCCAGCAGGGCCAUGAGGAGCUGAGCCGGCUGGCCCGGUAUCGCAAGGAGCUGGGUGCCCAGUUGCACCAGCUGGUCUUGAAUUCAGCACGAGAGAAGAGGGACAUGGAGCAGAGACAUGUGCUGCUGAAACAGAAGGAGCUGGGUGGGGAGGAGCCAGAGCCAAGCCUAAGGGAGGGGCCUGGUGGCCUGGUCAUGGAAGGACAUCUCUUCAAACGAGCCAGCAACGCAUUUAAGACCUGGAGCAGACGCUGGUUCACCAUUCAGAGUAACCAAAUGGUUUAUCAGAAGAGGUACAAGGACCCCGUGACUGUGGUGGUGGACGACCUUCGCCUCUGCACAGUGAAGCUCUGCCCUGACUCAGAAAGGCGGUUCUGCUUUGAGGUGGUAUCCACGAGCAAGUCCUGCCUCCUCCAGGCUGACUCUGAGCGCCUCCUGCAGCUGUGGGUCAGUGCUGUGCAGAGCAGCAUCGCCUCUGCCUUCAGCCAGGCUCGCCUUGACGACAGCCCCCGGGGUCCAGGCCAGGGCUCAGGACACCUGGCCGUGGGCUCUGCUGCCACACUGGGCAGUGGCGGGAUGGCCAGGGGAAGGGAGCCUGGGGGAGUCGGGCACGUGGCAGCCCAGGUACAGAGUGUGGAUGGCAAUGCCCAGUGCUGCGACUGCCGGGAGCCAGCUCCAGAGUGGGCCAGCAUCAACCUUGGUGUGACCCUCUGCAUUCAGUGCUCCGGCAUCCACAGGAGCCUCGGUGUUCACUUCUCCAAAGUCCGGUCUCUGACCCUCGACUCGUGGGAGCCGGAACUAGUGAAGCUUAUGUGCGAGCUGGGAAAUGUUGUCGUCAACCAGAUCUAUGAGGCCCGUGUAGAGGCGUUGGCUGUGAAGAAGCCUGGGCCCAGCUGCUCCCGACAGGAGAAGGAAGCCUGGAUUCAUGCUAAAUACGUGGAGAAGAAGUUCCUGACCAAGCUUCCUGAGGUUCGGGGGCGAAGAGGUGGCCGGGGGCCCCCAAGGGGGCAGCCUCCUGUGCCCCCAAAGCCUUCCCUUAGGCCCCGGCCAGGGAGCUUCAGAUCCAAACCAGAGCCCCCGUCUGAUGACCUGGGAAGCCUGCACCCUGGGGCCCUGCUGUUUCGAGCUGCUGGGCAUCCUCCAUCCCUUCCCACGAUGGCUGAUGCCCUUGCUCAUGGUGCUGAUGUCAACUGGGUCAAUGGGAGUCAGGAGAAUGCCACGCCGCUGAUCCAGGCCACAGCUGCUAAUUCUCUUCUGGCCUGCGAGUUUCUGCUCCAGAACGGGGCGAACGUGAACCAAGCGGACAGUGCAGGCCGGGGCCCGCUACACCACGCAACCAUUCUUGGCCACACGGGGCUCGCCUGCCUGUUCCUGAAACGGGGGGCAGAUCUGGAGGCUCGCGAUGCUGAAGGCAGGGACCCUCUGACCAUCGCUGUGGAAACAGCCAACGCUGACAUCGUCACCCUGCUACGAUUGGCAAAGAUGAGGGAGGCUGAAGCGGCUCAGGGCCAGGCAGGUAAUGUAUCCACCCACCCCAGCCCCCAGGCCCAACACUGGUUCAGGCUUCUAGCCCCUGGUGACCUAUCCCCUUUGUGCCCAACUGCAUUAAUUCUAUUAUUUAUUCAACAAAUAUGUAUUGGGCGCAUCCGACGUGCCAAGCCUGUGAAGCAAGGAAUAGGUGCGGGCGCUGCGCUCACGGCGCACACGUGCACACACGUUCCCCCCCACGCUCGAAGCGCGCACUGUACCCGGUCGGCCUCGGCUGCCGGCUCCGGCUCUUCCGCGCUGGGGCGCAGCCGCCGGCCUCCCCAGCCUUUCCUCCCUGUCCCACAGGGGAUGAGACGUAUCUUGACAUCUUCCGCGACUUCUCUCUCAUGGCGUCGGACGACCCGGAGAAGCUGAGACGGCGUAGUCAUGAUCUCCACACGCUGUGAUCCCAGGCCCCGUGCCCCCGGACCCUCCCUGCUCACCUUCCGGCCCUCCGCCAUUAAAGCCUCUGUGCUUUGCGCCGCCCUUCCUCGUUCAUUUGUUGGGCGCCACCUUUGGGCCCGCAGGGUUUUGGGCCCUGUGGCUCCGGGGGUGCGGGGAGCCGCUGGCAGUUUGCGAGCUCGAGUCAGGCAAGAGGCGACUCCCGGGGGAUUGAGGUGGCACCUUCGGCCUCAGCCCUAGCGCUGGGCGACAGUGGGGCGGGGCUCUCGGGCUCAGCUCAGGGGACCUGGCCAGACCCGUCCCUCCGGAGAGAGGCCGCCGGCGUGGGAUGGGGACCGGCCUUCCCUUAGGGUGAGCUGGCACCGCGCCGGGAUAUAGAGAGCUCGCUCGGGCCACCUCGGCCCCGAGGCAUUCCCGGAAUGCGGCGGCUCAGCACCCGCCCCCUCGGGAAUUACCCUCGGGAGCCACUGGGAGGGAACUGGUACCCUGGCCCGGGACGGCCGGGCCUCGGCUUUCUUGGAGUGGUGGGAUUAGAGACUCGGGCCCCCGCCGAGUUGCAAACGUGAGGUCUGGCACACCUGAGGAGCGGCGGGGCCGUCGCGGCCACAUCCGGGGCGAAGCGACUGAGUCACCCCACCCCCGCUUGCAUCCGCCAGUCCAGCCUGUCCGCCCCGUCUCUCCGGUCCGGGACUCGCCUCCCACCGCCACCCGAGCAGCGCGAGCCCCGCGAGGGCGGGGGGCGGGGCGCCAAGGGGCGGGGCUGCCUCUUAAAGGACCCGGGGCCGUUGCCCUUAGGCCACUUCCUGGGGGUGGAGAGGACCUCAGCGGCUGCGGCAACACCCGGGGAAGGCGGUGACGGCUGGGUCUCGAAAUUCCUGGCUGCUUCCAUCGGAGCCUUCGGACACUCCCAACUCGGACUGAGAGCGCAUCCGUCACCCCCGAGCCGAUACCCGGAGGCUCCGCCAUCCGCUCCCGUCAGCUCCUCCUUCAUCCCCUGGGACCCGCGCCGGGAGCCAGGCCAGGCCUCUGACUGGCCCCCGGAACCCUGCGUGGACUCGCCCACUGCGACAGCGAUCUGCCAGGGACUCGGAAGCUGGGCCCUUCAGAGUCAGCCCUGUGCUCGCCACCGUCACCUGCUGAUUGGAUUCCGGAAACCCACUGUCUGAAGACCCCAGAAAAGAGUCGCUGACCAUCCAAAAUCGGAUACGUCUGGACCGAAGCUCCCUUCCCCU